AGGAGUCUGGUGCUUGUUGUCAUCACCGCUCCUGGAUGGAUGCAGCGAUCCUCUCCACUACUUCACUUUGGAAGCUGGGAGGAGAUGGGAGAGCGAUAUCGCCGUGGUAACCGGGCUUUCGUUAAGGAUAACUAACCUCACCGGCGUGUGGCUGCAGGGAGGCGUUGGUUUUGUUGAAGCUCCAGCAUCCCCCGUUGUCCUCCUGAAUUAGCCGUGAGCCACACUUCACUGUGAGUCCUCCUGCCGUGGCCCUCGGCGUCCUUAAUGCUGCCCACGACCUCGUCAGUACAGCAGCCUUCUCUGAGCUAAGAUGACGGUCGCUUCAGAGACCCUGGGAAGAGGCCCCUCCCCUUUGUGUGUCUGAGGCGCCGCACAUCAUGUAAUGAAGACGGCCCCCAAGUGUCUGCUGCACCGAGGGUCCGUUGCCGGCGGGAUAUGAGUUAUUUUAGCCCCGUGUCCGACGACAUAUCCAACCUUGUGGGAUUUGUGGGAAGCCCAGAAGACUACGGCCGAGCCAUGCAGUCUGAGGAGCUGUUCAGCAGGAAGCUGAAGGCCCUGAACGGGGGCAUGGCCCCAGGGUCUUCCAGCGCACAGGGGAAGUCCGACGGGCUCGGCAAGUCCAACGGGAACCCCGCCAUGCCUAAGAUGGGCGUGAGGGCCCGAGCGACGGAGUGGCCCCCGAAGAAGGAGGGCUGGGACGGGAGGCCUUCCCCCAACUACCAGAGCGUGAUCCCGGCCUUCGCCAACGGCCAGCAGGACCAAAUCGGUGAGAUCCUGGAGGAGGGCGAGCCCAUCAUCCUGGACCCGGACUAUGCCGACAGCAAGUACACUCUGAGCGAGCUCCUCAGCCACUCCCCGCUGCGGGGGCUGCACCCGAUCCGCCAGCGCAGCAACAGCGACGUGACCAUCAGCGACAUCGACUCGGAGGACAUCAUGGACCAGAACGCCGUCAACCCCAACACGGGCGCCUCGCUGCACCGCGAGUACGGCAGCACGUCCUCCAUCGACCGGCAGGGCCUCACCGCCGACGGCUUCUUCAGCAUGCUGCGGGGCUACCGGGCGGACCCCGCGGACCACCGCGGCGCCGCCCCCCCGCUGGGCUUCCCCGAGCUGCUGCGCUACGACACCGCCUUCUCCCCCAGCCUCCAGACGGCGGCCCAGAUCGCCCGCGGCGAGAUCGUGCAGAUCUCGGGCUACGACUACAUCGACAGCUCGCUGCUGUACAGCCGGGAGCGGGAGAAGUCCUUCAUGCGGCGGAUGAAGUCGGAGACCUCGGAGACCUCGCUGUUCCGGAAGCUGCGGACGAUCAAGAGCGAGAGCGACGCCCUGCGGCUGUCCAUGGAGGACGACCGGCGGCCGCUCAGCUUCCAGAAGUGCUUCUCGCACUACGACGUCCAGAGCGUGCUCUUCAACAUCAGCGAGGCCGUGGCCAACAGGGCCAGCCUCAGCCAGAGGAAGAACACCACGACCGGGGCGUCGGCCGCGUCGGCCGGGGGGGGGUGCGGCCAGGGAGGGGGAGGGGGCGGCGGCGGCGGCGGGGGAGGGUCCGGAGGCCCCAUGGUCGGAGCGGCGGGCCCCGAACCGGGAUGUAGCGGUGGGAACGCGGGCAUGUUCGAGUCUCCCCUGGGCAGCCGCGAGGACUUGAACCCCAAGGAGAACCUGGACACGGACGACGGCGACGGGAAGAGCAACUACCUGGUGCUGAGUUGCACGCACUUUCGCAACGAGAUCGGCGGCGAGGGCGAGAGGAGGAUCUCUCUGUCCAGGGCGAACAGCACCAACUACACCGGCGGGGGCGAGAACUGCUCCUUCGAGUCGUCCCUCAGCUCCCACUGCACCAACGCCGGGGUGUCGGUGCUGGAGGUGCCCCGGGAGAACCAGCCCAUCCACAGGGAGAAGGUCAAGCGCUACAUCAUCGAGCACAUCGACCUGGGGGCGUACUACUACCACAAGUUCUUCUACGGGAAAGAGCACCAGAACUACUUUGGCGUGGACGAACACCUGGGCCCAGUGGCCGUCAGCAUCCGCAGGGAGAAGCUGGACGAGGGCAAGGAGAAGGAGGGGAUGCAGUACAACUACCGGGUCACCUUCAGAACCAGCCAGCUCACCACGCUGCGCGGCGCCAUCUUGGAGGACGCGGUGCCGUCCACGGCCCGCCACGGCACCACGCGCGGGCUGCCCCUGAAGGAGGUGCUGGAGUACGUCAUCCCCGAGCUCAACAUCCCCUGCCUGAGGCUGGCGCUCAACUCGCCCAAGGUGGCCGAGCAGCUCCUCAAACUGGACGAGCAAGGGCUGAGCUUCCAGCACAAGGUGGGGGUUCUGUACUGCAAGGCGGGCCAGAGCACGGAGGAGGAGAUGUACAACAACGAGGGCCCCGGCCCCGCCCUGGACGAGUUCCUGGACCUGCUGGGCCAGAGGGUCCGCCUCAAAGGGUUCUCCAAGUACCGGGCGCAGCUGGACAACAAGACCGACUCCACCGGGACUCACUCCCUCUACACCACCUACAAGGACUACGAGCUGAUGUUCCACGUCUCCACCCUGCUCCCCUACACCCCAAACAACCGGCAACAGUUGUUGCGGAAGCGACACAUUGGCAACGACAUCGUCACCAUCGUGUUCCAGGAGCCUGGAGCUCUCCCCUUCACGCCCAAGAACAUCCGCUCGCAUUUCCAGCACGUGUUUGUUAUCGUCAAAGUCCACAACCCCUGCACUGAUAACGUCUGCUACAGUGUGGCCGUCUCCAGGUCGAGAGACGUGCCCCCCUUCGGACCGCCCAUCCCGAAGAGCGUCACCUUCCCCAAGUCGGCCGUGUUCAGGGACUUCCUACUGGCCAAGGUCAUCAACGGAGAGAACGCGGCGCACAAGUCGGAGAAGUUCCGUGCGAUGGCCACACGCACCAGGCAGGAGUACCUGAAGGACCUGGCCGAGAACUUUGUCAGCACGGCCACCAUCGACUCGGCCGUCAAGUUCAGCUUCAUCACCCUGGGGGCCAAGAAGAAGGAGAAGGCCAAGCCCAGGAAGGACGCGCACCUGUUUAGCGUGGGAGCCAUAACGUGGAGCGUUCGUGCCCGGGACUUCGGUCAGUCGGCCGACGUGGACUGCCUGCUGGGCAUCUCCAACGAGUUCAUCGUGCUCAUCGAGGAGGACUCGAAAAACGUGGUCUUUAACUGUUCCUGCCGCGAUGUGAUCGGCUGGACCUCAGGCGUCAUGAGCAUUAAGAUCUUCUACGAGCGGGGCGAGUGCGUCAUGCUGUCGGCGCACGACAACUGCGGAGAGGACAUCAGGGAAAUGGUCCAGAGGCUGGAGAUCACCACCAGAGGCUGCGAGACCUCGGAGAUCAUCCUGCGGCGCAAUGGCCUGGGCCAGCUGGGCUUCCACGUGAACUUCGAGGGCAUAGUGGCCGACGUGGAGCCCUUCGGCUUCGCCUGGAAGGCCGGGCUGCGGCAGGGGAGCCGGCUGGUGGAGAUCUGCAAGGUGGCCGUCGCCACGCUCACCCAUGAGCAGAUGAUCGACCUCCUGCGCACCUCCCUCAGCGUCAAGGUGGUCAUCAUCCAGCCCCACGAGGACGGCACCCCACGCAGGGGCUGCUCCGAGCUCUACCGCAUCCCCAUGGUGGAGUACAAGGUGGACAGCGAGGGCACUCCCUGCGAGUACAAGACGCCCUUCCGGAGGAACACCACGUGGCACCGCGUGCCGGGCCCGUCGGGCCAGGCCCUGUCCCGGAGCUCCCCCACCCAGGGCCCGGACCGCCUGCAGUGCCAGCAGAUCCUCCAGCAGCACCAGGCAAACGCCAUCCCCCGGAGCACCUCCUUCGACCGGAAGCUGCCGGACGGGUCCAGGACCAUGCAGGAUAUGGAGAACCCCCAGGUCACCUCGUGCAACAAGGGGGACCAGCACUACCGGAGCUCCCCCAGUAACCAAUCCUCCUCCAGCGACCCUGGGCCCUGUGGGAGCACCAGCUGGUCCCAGCAGGCCGGAUACGACGGAUGUCCUUCCCCUGUCCUCCACGAGCACUCGGGUGACAUCGCCGGCGGCGACGGCGGGGGCCGCGAGAGAGAGCCCACGCUGGAGAGAACCCGGUCGGCGGAGGCCAAGUGGCACGUACCCUCCACCAAGAUCCUGAACUCUCUCAAACACCGAGAGGGGAGCAAGGACUCUCCCAACAAGCUGUCCAGGACGGGAGACAAGACGUCCAGCCACUCCAGCAGCAACACCCUCUCCAGCAACGCCUCCAGCAACAGCGACGAGAAGCACUUUGGCUCCGGGGACCUCAUGGACCCCGAGAUGCUGGGCCUCACCUACAUCAAGGGCGCGUCCACCGACAGCGGCAUCGACACCAACCCCUGCAUGCCCCCCGGGGCGCGGCACCUCCUGCAGGUGCGGGGGGGCGAGCAGGCGCACCCGUGGCCGUCGGAGCUGGCGGAGGACGCGGCCUCGGAGGACGACCACGGGAAGAUGUACUUGCCGCAGGGCUACGCCGCCGCCAUCAUGGAGGGCAGCCUGGGAGACCUCAGCGAGAUCUCGUCCCACUCCAGUGGCUCGCACCACUCUGGCAGUCCCCUGGCCCGCGGGGCCAGAUACUGUGUGUCCACCGACUCCUCCAGGGCCUACACCAUCCCCCAGGCCAGCAGCGCGGGUGUAGGGCCCGGGCCCGAGACAGGGCCUGGGCCUGGGGUGGGUCCCGGCUCAGAGGCGUGUGGACAGGAGCCUGGCUCAGAGCUCUCACUGGGCACGGAGACCACCGACGAUGCCCACUGCAUCCAGGAACCCCCCGACAAUACAGAGUGUGGAGGCGCCGAGGGCUUGUUAGCUCUGCUGCUCAAAAUGCUGUCCGAGCAUUCCAGGCAACUCUACGCCCAGGAGGCGGCCUGCCGGCUCCAGGAGGCCCAGCGCGAGGCCGAUUCGCUCCACGGCAUGACCAAGGAGGACUACCUCAAGAUGAUGCUGCCAGACAGCCCCCAGGAGGAGGACGAGAGGAGACCGACGUCGGUGGCGGGCACCUCCUCCCCCCGGCGCUCGGUGUACCGGACCCUGUCGGAUGAGAGCGUGUGCAGCAGCGGCAACAGGAAGGGCUCGUCGUACGGCAGCUCCCGCAGCUCCAUGCUGGACCAGGCGCUGCCCAACGACAUCCUGUUCAGCACCACGCCCGCCUACCACAGCACGCUGCCGCCGCGCAUCGUCCAUCACCAGCAGGGGGCGCCCAGCCUGAGGAAUGAGUUCUGGUUCUCUGACGGCUCCCUGGUGGACAGGUCCAAGGCCAGCGACCCGGGCCUCAUGCCCCUCCCUGACACUGCCUCCAACCUGGACUGGACCCACCUGGUCGAUGCGGCGCGGGCCUUCGAAGACCAGCGAGUGGCGUCCUUCUGCACCAUGACGGACAUGCAGCGGGCCGAGGCUCUCCACAUCUCCAGGGAGCUGAAGAGGCGGGUCGCCGCAGCCGAGGGGGCGGCGCUGGAGGCGGGGAUCGGCGCACCCUCCACGCUGACCGGCAAAGUGAACCAGCUGGAGGUGAUCCUCAGACAACUGCAGUACGACCUUCGAAAGGAGAAGGAGGACAAGGCCAUGCUCCAGGAGGAGGUGCAGCACCUGCGGCAGGACAACAUGCGUCUGCAGGAGGAGAGCCUCACGGCUGCUGCCCAGCUCAGGAAGUUCACCGAGUGGUUCUUCCACUCCAUCGACAAGAAGCCCUGAGAGGGCGAGCGAGGCCCAGGGAGAGAGAGAGAGAGAGAUAGAGGGAGAGAGAGAGAGAGAGAGAGACAGAGAGAGAGAGAGAGAGAGAGAGAGAGAGAGAGAGAGAGAGAGAGAGAGAGAGAGAGAGAGAGAGAGAGAGCCGUGAUGUGUGUGUAUAAAAAAAAACGGUUGGAAAAAAAGACUUCUUCUUCUACCCUUCUAACCGACGGUCACUUCUGAGUUCUGAGCGAGACUCUCUCUCCGUUGAGGAGAGGCCAAGAGGAACCCAACGCUCAUAACCUUUGAAUCAAUCCCUUCCCCUGACCCGCGUCCCUCGUAGCUGAACCAGCUCACCGCAACCUACUUGAAAGUGGUAGCACGUCUUUGUGUGUGUGGGGGGGGGGGGGGGGGGGGGUGACAGAAUACUGAGCCUCAUCGCCUCCAACCCCCCAAACCCCACCCUCCUCGCUCUCUCUUCUGUCUACGGAGCUGAGGAUACCAGCAGUUUAUGGAACACUAAAUAAAAAGUGAAUGAAUUGUUGAGUCUCUGGUUGAAGAUGGAUGCUCUCCCAGCAGGGGGUUGGAGCGGGGGGGCGGGGGGGGGCUGCAGUAGACCCCCAGGCCCUAGCCGGAUCCUCGGGAUGUCCUUGCAGUAGUGGAAUGUAAAGCCUUAGAUCUCGUUUACUCUAGCAGCCUAUGUAUCAUCUAUCUUCUUCACUACGUCGGCCUAUUGUCAUGUACCGCACUGAACUGCUGCGCUCUGUCAGAUCGGAACGGAAUGGAUCACACCGGACCGGACUGUAAGGCAUUUGACCGGACCGGACUGCAUCAGACCGGAUCAGACCGGAUCGGACUGUAUGGAUUAACCGGACCAGAUCAGACCAGAUCGGACUGUAAGGGAUUAGACCAGACCAGACUUGACUUGAACGGAUCAAACCGGAUCGGACUCUAAUGGAUUGGACCGGACCGGACUGGACUAUUUCAGACCGGAUCGGACUGUUAUGGAAUAGACCGGUAGACCGGACCGGACUGGACCAAAUAAGACUGGACCAGACCAGAUCAGGCUGGAUUCGGAUCAGCAUAGACUGGACUGGACCGGGUCAGAAAGACUGGACCGGAUCAGAUCAGGGCUGGAACGGGCUGGACUGUACUGCACAUACUCAACUGUCAUUCAACUGUCAACCACAGCGAUGUCCCGGGGGGAUGGAUGGAGCCAGAGAGAGAGAGAGAGAGAGAGAGAGAGGGACGCAGACAGAGAGACCUAGAGAGACAUGGAGAGAGAGGAGGAGUGGAAGGAGUUAACGGGAGGAUGAAGAGAUGAAAGAAUGGAAGGAGGGGGGGAAGGGAGAAUGUACUGGAUGUAAUCAACUGGUGCUUACUCUGUCCCCUCAGAGUGGGAUCCACAUGGGGCGGACUGGGAAAGUACUUUGAGGGUAACGGUGGGGGGAGGGGGGGUGCCGGGGAGCUGGAAAUGAAUGUAGCUUAACCAAGACCUAUAUUUUGUUAGACGUCCUGGUUCAAAGUACCUAAAGUCACAAAGAUUUAGAGACUUGACGGUUCUCUAACUCUAAGCGCUUUUUUUUUCUUUUCUUUUCCUUUCCCCCUCCGAACUCUGCUUUUGUGUUUUGCAUCGUUGGGGUCACGCGGCGGCCAUUUUGGUGUUUUUCAAAAGGUGCUUUCACCCCCCCUCCGGGAGCAAUGUUUGUUAGUAGUUUGGUUUCAGUGUCACAAUGUCCUAUCAAUAAAGAUGUUGUCGUAACAAAAACUGUGUUUAGGAAAAAUAUUAAAAUAGCACAAUUGUGAAGGUUCCUGUCAUCAAGCGGUUGUUUUGAUGAGACGGGAAGAGACGGUGCCUGGAAAUAAGGAUGUAAAUGGAUUCUUUCCCUCUUGCUUUUACCUGUUUUCUCAGACACAUGCCUUGUCUGUGGCUCACUGAUGUAAUACACAUCUGGGGGAGUGUGUGUCUGUGUGCUUGCACGUGUGUGAGUGCCUGCGUAUGUGCACGCGUGUGUGUGUGAGUGUGCCUGUGUGUGUGUGUGUGUGUGUGUGUGUGUGUGUGUGUGUGUGUGUGUGUGUGUGUGUGUGUGUGUGUGUGUGUGUGUGUGUGUGUGUGCGUGUGUGUGUGUGUGUGUGUGUGUGAGAGUGUCUGUAUCCCCUGAGUGUGUGUUCAUUUCUGCAGUUUAACAUGUCUGUGUGUAGUGGAUCCUAGAGCAUUAGUGUAUGGGCCAGAGGACCACACCUACAAUGCCAAAUGUGUUUAUUUCUGUACAGAUCUGCCACACAAGUGUCUUGUAUUUAACACCAUUAUUUAAGCUUAUUUAACCUAAAGUUGUUUAUUUUAUUAUGUUUUUUUGGAUUGGUUGGGUUGAUUCUUUUUUUUUGGGGGGGGGGGGGGGUCUUUGUGUGCACUAUGAAAAUAGGAAGAAGAGAAGCUCUGUUCAUGUUGUAAAGUCUAGCUUGUCAGGGCGAAUACUGUAUAUUUAAGGAUAUAAAAACUGUAUAUUUAAGGAUAUAAAUACUGAUUCAUUUUGGAGACUACACCAUUUGUAUGCUGCUAGAAUACAGUUUGCUGGUUUGUAUGCUUUUCAGAAAAUGGUCUCUCCCCGUGGCGUGUUUCAGUUCGGCGGACCUCCGGUCGCUGGCGGUUAAGGGAUGGGGCGUGUUUUGUUUUGGUUUUAAUUUUUUUAAAUAAAUGUAGUUAUAAAAUAAAUACAAA